AUGAAAGAAAAACUACCGAUUAGAAUGACCAUUCUCUUGUCAUUUUUUAUUCAAGCCAUUGGAGGAUGGGGAGUUGAAUCUAUCAAACAAGGGGAAAAUACUAGCAGGGUCCUCACGAGUUAUCAAGUUAAUAAGACUACUGCGGUUGAAGGUGGAGAUGUAUACGAUUGCAUUGGUGUGAAUGUACAACCAGCCUUUGACCACCCAUUGCUGAAAGACCACAAAAUCCAGAUGGAACCAAGUUCUCUCCCACUAAGAUCAUACACAGAUUUUCCAUCGAAGAAUGCCGUGCCACAAGUACAGUUGCCUAUCAUCGAGUGCCCUACAGGAACAAUUCCAAUAUUGCGUAAUAAUAGAAGGUACCACAUGGCUGAAAAAACCAUUGAUGAAGUGAUUAGCAAGGAUGUACAACAAGAGGUAGCAGGAAUUGAAUAUCGGGAUGAGCUAUAUGGAACACGAGCUAAAAUAAAUGUUUAUGAGCCAAUGGUGAAGAAAAAUAGUAAGGAUAUCAGCGGAGCAACCAUACAGAUUCAUGAGGGAACAGAACUGGGUCGUCGAGAUGGGAUAGGUGCUGGAUCUUGGGUAUAUCCAAGCUACAGCGGUGACAGUUAUGCUAGGUUUCAUGUUUAUUGGGAUCACGGCCCACCAAUCACGACUUGCGUGGAUCAUGAUUGUCAUGCUUUCGUGCAAGUUAGCCAAAGUGUUGGUCUCGGAGGAAGAAUACAACCGAUUUCUAUCUAUAACGGACCACAAUAUGAAAUAGAUGUUCUAAUCUUUAAGGAUCCAAAGACUAAAAAUUGGUGGGUGGCUUAUGGUGAAAAAAAUACACCAAUCGGAUAUUGGCCGAAUUCGCUCUUUCAAUACAUGAAAGAAAAGGGUGAAUUUGCAUUAUGGGGUGGAUUUGUUAAAGGUCCAACAGCAUCGAUGGACUCUCCACAAAUGGGUAGUGGUCAUUUUGCUUCAGAAGGCUUUGGAAAAGCAUCAUUUAUGAAGAAUAUCCAAAUUGUAGAUAAGACCAAUAAGCUUGUUUCCCCUAAUGUUAAUAGUGCACACCCAGGCGGUACCAAUUUUUCAAAAUAUACUACAGAUGGCUAUGGACACAAUGAUGAUGGUCUACAUAUAUACUAUGGUGGACCCGGUGAUUUUGUUUGA